UCCAGCUCCCAUCCUGCAGAGGGAAGCAAUGCCACUGCUAAGUGUGUUCGUCAUGCUUCUCGUGAUCAGAGGCGUGACUCCUGUGUGCCGACUGUGGGCAACAGUGCAACCACCGGAGCUGACCAAAGACGCAGACCUCAGCUUAGGUGGCAUUUUCACCUUUCGUACAGGUUACAAAUUCAGUGUGCCCACAUUUGAAAGCGUACCUGAUCCUCCAGAAUGCCUGAACAUUAAUGCAAGAGAAUUUAAAUUUGCCCAGACGAUGAUCUUUGCAAUUGAGGAAAUAAACCAGAACCCUUCGAUUCUUCCUAACCAUACACUGGGAUACAAGAUAUACAAUCUCUGUGGAAUGUCAUCCAUUAUAAAGUCUGCUGUAGAUUUAGCCAGUGGUCAGAGGAAGAUCAUAGAUGAGAGGAACUGCACAGAGGCUGACACUGUCCUGGCCAUAAUAGGCCACUCUGGCUCUACACCUACCAUGGGAUUUGCUCGGAUUAUGGGACGAUUUCAGAUACCUGUGGUGAGCCACUUUGCAACCUGUGCUUGUCUGAGUGACAGAGAGGAGUUUCCCUCCUUUUUCCGUACUAUUCCCAGUGAUCUCCACCAGAGCAGAGCUUUAGCAAAGCUGGUCAAGUUCUUUGGCUGGACCUGGGUCGGGGCAAUAAGUAAUAUAAAUGACUACGGCAUCAACGGAAUUACCAGAUUUAUGCACGCUGCACAAGAAGAGGGAGUGUGCAUCGAGUAUAACAUGGCGUUUGAGCAAACAGAUCAUCUUCGUGAGUUAAUGAAAGUGGUUGAGACGGUGAAGUAUUCCACGUCGAAAGUCAUUGUGGCCUUCAUGUCUCACAGAGAGAUUAAGGUACUUGCAGAUGAACUGUACAAACAGAAUAUCACAGGACUGCAGUGGGUUGGCAGUGAUGCCUGGAUCACAGAUCAUUCUCUGACUGACACUGAAGGACACAACAUUCUUCUGGGCUCACUGGGCUUCGUUGUAAACCGAGCUCAGAUCCCGGGACUGGAGGAGCAUCUCAGGCGGCUCCAUCCCUCACGCUUCCCUCACAGUCAGUUUGUCAGAGACUUCUGGGAGGACACGUUUGACUGCUCACUGAACGAAACUGCUGACACACGAAGAAAACCAUGCAGCGGUGCCGAGAGCUUGCAGAACACUGACACCUUUUUCACAGAUGUUUCGGAGCUGAGAUUCACUCACAAUGUGUACAAGUCAGUUUAUGCGGUGGCUCAUUCUCUCCACAACCUGGUCACAUGUGAAGAGGGGAAAGGCCACUUCUCUGACAGGAGCUGUGCUGAUCCUGAGCACAUUCAACCAUGGCAGGUGCUUCAUUAUUUACAACAUAUCAACUUCACAACCCUUCAGGGAGAGAGAGUGAUGUUUGACCCAAGUGGGGAUUCACCGGCAAGAUAUGAACUCAUCAAUUUGCAACACGUAACAUCAGGGACCAUGAAUGUUGCCACUGUCGGCUUCUUUGAUGCUACCCUGGCUCAUGAGCGUCAGUUCAAGAUGAAUGGCGUGCAAAUUGUCUGGGGAGGAGGAAGUCGUACGGUACCCGUGUCAGUGUGCAGUGACAGCUGCCCUCCAGGAAAGCACAAAGUCCUGCAGAAAGGAAAACCUGUUUGCUGUUAUGACUGCAUACCGUGUCCGGAUGGAGAAAUUAGCAACAUAACAGACUCUGUGGAAUGCAUCAAAUGUCCCAUUGAAUAUUGGCCAAAUACCAGAGGAGACACGUGCAUCCUGAAGGAAAUUGAGUUUCUGUCCUAUUCUGAGAUCAUGGGAAUUAUUUUGACAAUAUUUUGUUUGGUGGGAGCAGUUCUGACUGUUUUAAUUGCAUUAGUGUUCUUUCACAACAGGCAGACUCCCGUUGUCAGAGCCAACAACUCUGAGCUGAGCUUCCUGCUGCUCUUCUCCUUGACUCUGUGUUUCCUGUGCUCUCUGACCUUCAUCGGCCGGCCGUCAGAGUGGUCCUGCAUGCUGAGACACACUGCGUUCGGCAUCACCUUUGUCCUCUGUAUCUCUUGUAUUCUGGGGAAAACCAUAGUUGUUUUAAUGGCCUUUAAAGCGACACUUCCAGGCAGUAAUGUGAUGAAAUGGUUUGGACCUGCACAGCAGAGACUCAGUGUUCUGGCUUUCACUCUCAUACAGGUUUUAAUUUGUAUUCUGUGGCUGACGAUCAAACCUCCAUUUCCCUUAAAAAAUACAGAACACUAUAAAGAGAAGAUUAUACUGGAGUGUGCUCUGGGUUCACCUGUCGGCUUCUGGGCUGUGUUAGGAUACAUAGGACUCUUAGCCUUGUUAUGUUUUGUUCUCGCCUUUUUGGCUCGAAAGUUACCAGAUAAUUUUAACGAAGCUAAAUUCAUCACGUUCAGCAUGUUAAUAUUCUGUGCAGUCUGGAUGACAUUUAUUCCAGCUUAUGUCAGCUCACCUGGGAAAUUCACUGUGGCUGUGGAAAUAUUUGCUAUUUUAGCCUCUAGUUAUGGACUUCUCUUCUGCAUUUUUAUUCCCAAAUGUUACAUUAUUUUACUGAGACCAGAGCAAAACACAAAAAAGCAUAUGAUGCGAAAACCAAAUGAUUCUCACUUAUGAUUUCACAUUGUAGUGACACUAUUAUAUGGAUCCUUUAAAAUUGGUCAUUAAUAAUUGAAUCUGUCAAGGUUCUAAAAAUCCCAUUUGGUCUAAAUCAUGUAAAAUAACCUACAUUUCUCUUUUGGACAAGAUCCCAUACAGUUCUGUUCAGGAAUGGUCUUGUGUAUCAUCCGUCCAUUCAAUUAGUUAUUUCAGCCCGGCAAACUAAAGAACAAAAAAAAAAGCAGAAAAUGUUUUUUUUUUAUGUAUAAGCCAAAUAUCAGAAAAGCCACGUUUUUUUUUCCACCUUCAGUUUGAAAGGAAAAAGCAAGGAAACAAUAACAAAGUAACACGUUAAACUUACGUUUUUGAUACUACAGUGUGGACCAACUUCUGGUUUUAUAUAUUAAUAUUUACUGAAAGGCAAUAAAAAAUAAUAAACGUAUUAAAAAGGAAUAAGAUUUUCCUUAACCAGCCACUGUAGUAAUAUUGCCCUGAUUUUCAGUCAUUAGGUCACAUGACCUGGAUGCUAAUGAGCUAAAAUGCUAACAUUUACAUUAAAAUUUACAUUAAUUCAAAAUGUAUUAAAAUGCAAUACAAAUUUCUGUAUCUCAACAAGCCACCUUCUAGAUAAAAGGAACAUGAAAAGAUGUCCAUAUGUA